UUUUUUUUUUUUGAAAAGCUGAUAGUUGUAUCCUCUCAUUCAGCUGAGUAUUGGAACUUUCUACCGUCCUUGCACCGACGUCCCAGCACCACAAUAAAAGAAAGGGAAAAAAGAGGAUCUGAUUUCCGCCCCCGCGAGCUCCGGAAAAAUAGUGCAUAUAUAUAAACACACCUCAUAAUUAGAAUGUCUCUACGGCAUCCAUUGCUAUCACGAUGGGUAGUAUCCCCGACGCAAUUCCUCCAAAGCGCAUCGGCACUGAAAUCCUCACCGUCUGUGUCUCAAUCGCUCUUCAUGCGGCUCCGGCCCAUGGGUCUCUCCGGUUCUCCUUCCCUUCCGUCGACUUCGCUUAGCCGUUUCUUUUCUCUCGGACGAUCGUUUCAGCUCCAAGGGAGGCCCCUUGGUCGAAUGAAUGGCAGACCCCGGGUAGAACAUACUAGGCAGCGACAACAACGACGGGGGUUCAGUUCGUCCCGCCAAGCACCGGGAUCUCUUUCACAAAAACUGCGCAAGCUGUCCCGUGAAUACGGGUGGUCUGCCCUAGGUGUUUACUUGUUGUUGUCUGCCUUGGACUUCCCCUUCUGUUUUGCGGCAGUGCGUCUUCUUGGAGCCGACCGGAUUGGUCACUACGAAGACGUUAUCCUGCAGACAGUCGCGGACGGCAUUCACGCCGUGUGGCCCAGUAAACAGGAUGAAGAGUCUGAUUCCGAGGAGGCUGGUGAGGAGAACAAAGUGAAUACCGAGAAAACGGACGAGCAAACGAGUCAGGCUACUGCCAAGAAGAAGGCGGAUCAAGCCAGCCUAUGGACUCAGCUGGCUCUCGCUUACGCUAUUCACAAGAGCCUCAUCUUUAUACGGGUGCCGUUGACCGCAGCAAUCACGCCCAAGGUUGUCAAAGUUUUGAGGGCGUGGGGUGUUGACAUUACAAGACGGAGGCCAUGAAGGGCUUCAAAACCACCCAUCCCACUAUUUUGUCGGCUUUGGUGAACUGAUAAGAGCAUCAGUUUAGCCUAGCCUACGGUGUGCAAAUAUCAGAUCCGUCCCUCCUCUUCCCUUUUUCUUUCCUUUUUGCACCUCGCGUUUUCCGUUUCUGGAGAAUGGUUUUAUGUUCUCGUCUUUCUCUUGCAUGGCAUGGCAAUUUUUGAAUAGAUCAUAGCUUCACGAUUGUAUAUUAGCUGUUUACUAGCUGUUUAGACUAAUUCCGGGGCGUAAAUUCAUGUCUCUUGGCUCUCAAUUCUCAGUUUGGGUAUUAUCACGAAUAACGUACACAACCUAAACACAUCGCCCCAUCUAAUUGUAUAUAGCAAUGGAAUUUUAAUCAAAACAGCAGCUUGUUCUGAACCCAUGAACCGUGA